CCCCGGUCUGAGUGUGUUACACCAUGAACAGCACCACUAACCCCCCUCACACCAUCAGCGGAGACGCAGCCGUCAGCUACGUGCUGGUCCCCUUCUUCCUCAUCACUGCCCUCGGGAUUGUUGCAGCAGUGGUGAUGUACAUAAAGAGGAAACGGAGGAUUGAUAGACUGCGGCAUCAGCUGCUUCCAGUUUACACUUAUGACCCAACCGAAGAGCUGAACGAGGCAGAACAGGACAUUCUUUGGAAAGAGGAGGACACAAAGGUGGUCCAGGGUUGGAUGAGGACGUAUCAGCAGCGCAGACCCCUGCUCUCGAAGGAUCCUGAUGCAUGAAAAUCAGCUUUAACUUUUGGUGAUUCUGCACAUAAUCUGUGAACCUGGUCAAUAACGCAACACUGUCUCGUCGUCCUGUAUUGCAGAUUCCCAAGACGGACAUUUUUGAGCAAUAAGCUACUGAUUUUCCCACUGUUUGAAGUGCUGAGACUGGAAGAGCUUUAGGGACAUGAGAAAUCUACAGUGAAGCGAUGGGAUCAUAUCGUUCGCCUCAGGUCUGUUCUCAUGAAGCAGUCUGAAUAGCAAGACUCAAGAAGGAUGUUAAUACGCCUCUGUGUUACAGUUGUUUAUUUAUUUUAGCUGUAUAUAUUCUGCUGAUGUUCUGUGCUAUUAAAUCCUCA